AUGGAGGAGACAGGCUCUAAGGAUGAAGUGGAUGGAGCCAGGGCAAGGGAUGGCAGCGGGUACAGCAUGGAUGGCCAGACCACAGAGAAGGAUCUGGCUGGCACAGCAAAGGAGGCAGCCUUUGUAACGGGCAGUGAGAGUGCUCCACCACGCAAGACCCCGCUCAUCUGCUGCGCAGACGGCAUUGAUCAGGACACCUUUAAAACUUGCAAAGAGCUUUUCAGACCUUUUAAGAAGUCACUUAGGAAGCUGCAUUUGCCCCAGGACCUCCCUGUAGAGAAGAAACUGAAGUACACAAAGGAAAGUUUGACCACAAUUGGGGACCGCAUCGAUCUGUUUCUCCAGCAGUACUGCAGAGCCUCAGAAAUUAAGCACUGGAAGAAGACGUUGUGGAGGUUUGCCUCCCUCUUCUCAGAGAUGGAUGCAAAGCAGCUGCAGAAACUGUAUAAGUACAUCAAGAACAACCAAAUGGAUAAGUUUCUGCUUACACAGGUUGAUCCAUAUCAAAGGAGAAGCCUCCUACCAAGAAGUCUGUUUAUCAAAAACCUGCAGAUCUUGCCAGUUUCUACCAUAAUGCAGGCGCUGAGCUACCACAGCCACCGCUAG